AUGUAUCGGCACUCGAAAUCCACAACGAGUAGGUGCUUCCAUAGAGUUUUGCGCUCGGUUAUAGCAUUAGAAAGUCUUUAUAUUCAAAAACCACAAGGUGAUGUUGUCUCCAAAGAAAUUCAAGAGAAAAGGAGAUCCUUUCCUUACUUCAAGAACUGUGUAGAGGCAAUUGAUGGUAUACAUUUUUGUGUCAAGUUUACGUAUCUUUUAACCGGUUGGGAGGGUACUGCAUCAGACUCAAGGAUACUGAAGAAUGCCUUCAAUAGAGAUGAUAAACUAGUAAUUCCAAAUGGUUGCUAUUAUUUAGUAGACGCGGGUUUGCCUCACUCAACUGUAUUAAGGGCACCAUACAGAGGUGUUAGGUUCGGUUGGAAUGCUAAUACCCAACUAAUUGAAGUAGAUGAGCAGGUUUGGGAUAACUUAAUUAACGUUAGUGUUCAUCUAAGGUGGCCCACUUUGAACAAAUACUGGUAUUUUGCAAGAGAUAGAGCUUCAGGAGAAAAUGUUGAAACAGUAAAGGAGAGAAAUGCUAGGUUUAACAAGACUACGGACAUCAAAAUAGAAAGUAUUUCAGAGGUUGAUGAUUUAUUAGCAAGUAAUGAUGUUACACCGGAGAACCAUCAUAUAGAUGAUGAUGAUGAAGAUGACAUUCAAGUGGUAUGUCCUAUGCCUGAACAAAAUUCAAGUGCGAAAAAGUGUAAACCUAAAAAAAGAAAAUUCAUAGAUGAAGAAAAAAAGGAAGUUGAACCUCAGCCUCAACCUAAACUUGAAAGAAUUGAAGCAAAGAUUAUGAAUGUUGUUGGUGAUGUGGCUAAUGUUAUGAUGGAAGGUAACAAAAUCUUUGAAAGUGCUUACCAUCAUGAGUUAACAUGUGAUGAAAUUUAUCAAGAAUUGCAGCCGAUGGGUUUGAAACCCAAUGAAAUACCAGGUGUUCUCAUGUAUUUGGGUCGUAACUAA